AUGGUUACACGCUUGGCGUGGAUGGCGCACAAGUUGGUAUCUUCGAAAAGACCGACCAAGUAUGCUUCGCUGGCUUCUUGCAAUGCCAUGACGGCGGAGCUCUGGAAACGCAAGGUGGCAGAUGUCCAUCAGACAAGGGAUGGGCAUCUGCUAAUUAGCUUAAGCGAGGGCAGCGCCAAGGACGUCGCCAAAAUAUUCGCGGAGGGCAAGGUCGGGGAGAAAGUUGAAGCCCUCAUGGGCGAGAGGAGGACCACUCUGAUGAUGACGAACAUCGAGGCUGCCCUGGGUGAAGCGGAGAUCAAGGCUGCCAUCGUCGAGCAAACCAGGGCAGCUGCCGAGGACAUCGAGGUUAGGGACCUGCGAGGAUGA